GUCGCCGACAUAUUCUUCCUCUAGUCCACCAACUCUAUGGGCAAAUUCGGAAUCCCCAUACUUGUCUUUCACGACACUACUUUUGCUCACACUCUGCCUACGCGAGACGAUCCGGAUGCACGAGCCUUACAAAAGGGUCUCGUCCGAUUCGGAGCCGUUCUUGAUCCCAAACCUCCUCGAAGAAAUUUUGAUGACCUGGAAGCAGCUGCCGGAGUACGCGAGAAAGGAUGGGGAAUCGAGGUUCGGAAAGUUGAUGAAAUCGGUCAGGGAGUCGGAACUAAAAAGCUACGACGUGAUCGCCAACAUCUUCUUUGAGCUUGAGAGGGAUUACGCUGAUUACUGCAAAGCCUCUCUCAGGAGACGAGCUUGGCAUAGUGGUCCCCUGUCUCUUUGCAACAACAACAACGAAAAGGAAUCAGAAAGGGGGAAACAAGCUUUAGAGUGCCUGAAAUGGAUCGCUUAUAAAGGACCCGGUUCGGCAUUUACAUUUGAUUUGGGAGCAUGUCGACGUUCAGGGCAGAGCAACUGAGGGAGAUUAGAUCUAAUUGGAAGCUUCGAGAGGGACGAGAGGGACGAGAAAGAAUGGCCGCUGCAAGGAUUCGAGACCAGAUUGUGAGGGAAAGGGAUGAUUGUGAGGGGAUGGGCGUUGCAAGUUACGAUCCUGGAGCACCUGCGGUCCGCGUUGGAGGUUUCGUGACCCACUGCGGGGUGCGAACUCAAAUACUCAAUGUAUGAAGGGGUCGCAGCGGGAAGGCGAUGGUGAUGUGGCUAAUGUUCGCGUAGCAGUUUUACACA